CUUUAUUGGCUGCCUCCUCGGUACCCCGCAUUCCGGUCUGCCCACGAUGCUGCCAGAUAACAUCAGACCAUACUUGCAGAAUGGGCAUAGGCUUCAUCAUGGACAAGCCCGCUAAGCGCCCGCGGCUGUCAAUGGCCUGUAACGUUUGUCGUCAGCGGAAAGUGAAAUGUGAUGCCGAGUACCCCAAGUGUCGCAACUGCCGCGUGCGCAAUCAGGAGUGCAUCACUACCGAUCCCCAGCGGCCGGGGGUGACUGGCAUUCGGGAAUGGUUGGAUGCGUCAGAGAAGGGUAUCACUGAGGAGCGAAUCCAGCCUGAGGUGACCGAUCAUGAAGGGACAACGUCCCCGAAGCCCGCUGAGGAUUCGCCCGUCCAUCACCCGUUCGAUAUUUCGUUUAAUGUGGAACAUGGCACCGAUCGGAUGAAGAUCAUGGGAGGGAGCAGUUCGCAAUGUCUGGCCAAAUCACUGGAUGUCUACUUCAAGGCGGCGCGGUUGAAACCGGUGUCUGGCUGCUUCCGAUACGGGAUGAGACAUGCAGAGGAGAUUGAUCUGCCUUUAUCUCUGUCGUUACCUGGGUUGCCGCAUCCUGAGCAACGAGAUCGGUACUUGUCCGCCUAUCUUUCUCGGGUUCAUUCCCUAUAUCCGAUAUUCAAUACGACCCGACUGCGCGUGGGCACGGAACUCUUUGCAACCGCCGGGGGAUUCGACAACCUUCCCCGCGAGCAGAUCCCUCGACUUGUAUCGGCAUACUUGAUCAUGAGUUUAGGGGCAGACGAGGUAGGACCGGGUCUGACGGAGGAUGGGGACCGAUACCUGCACGCCGCAGCGUGUCUGCUCUCCCACGUCAUCAUCAUCCCGUAUCUGCCCACCGUGCAGACCUUGCUCCUCUUCACUAUCGCAUACCGGGGGCGAAAUCAGGAAGGACUGGCCUGGCAAACCCUCGGUAUGGCCAUUCGCACUGCCUACACCUUGGGAAUCAACCGUGCCUCUACCUCGGCCUCUGAAGAAAAGUCCAUCGAAGGACGAGUGUGGGCCGUGUGCUGGUGCCUAGAGAAGAUGAUGCAUCUGGAAUCCGGCCGUCCGACGGUCAUUGGAUACCAACAUCCUAAGCCGAGUGAGGGUAUCUUCCGACCAGAAGAUAAGUUCCUGCAGUGGCACGUCGAGCUGGGGGAAUAUCAAGGCAGCAUCAGCCAUCAUAUCUACAAUCAAUCGGGGAGUAGAGAUGUGCGACAAAUCCUGUUAGGGACUGCUCGACUGGACCGGGCAUUGUUAUCCUGGGCUAAUCGGGUUCCGAAUGAUUUACGUCCGGGGAAUGAUCUCUUCUGCGCGGACGAGGAAUUUCACAUGACUGCUUUUAUCUCAAUCCAGUAUCACAGUGCGUUGAUCUCGCUGCAUCGAGCGGCGUUGAUUGCCCCGACUGCCAGUUUCGAGGCCGAAGUGGCGAGAUAUUGCUCUGACGAGCCAUCCCAGUUUCGAAUGCGCCAUGGAGAGGCUAUUUGCGUGAACAGUGCCCGGGCGAUUGCCAAGCUCAGCGUCGAGCUGUCGGAGCGACGAGCUGACUCGCAGAUUAUCACGGUUGGAUCGGCCCUGCUGGCGUGUAUCGUGCUAGGUAUUUUUUUGAUUAAACAUCCGGGCUCUCGUCUGCAGGAUAUGGAUCUCCAGCUGCUCAAAGCGUGUUUGGAGUAUACCACGCAGCAUCUGUCGAGAUGUAACACCGAUUCGCGAUUUAUAGAAGGAAUCGGGGCUAUCUACGACCAGUGCUGCGCCCACCUAUCCACUAGACGCGAGACUCGACAGGUAGCCAAGUCCACCGAUCCCCUGACACCAGCGAUCGUGCAAUCGCCACAAGAUGCAGAUAUAGCGCAGCCAAUCGAGUUACGGAAACGGAAUACGAGGGAAAAUGAUGUAGCAUCUUCCCUUGCUUCUCCUGUAGACACCAGGGCGCGGGAACACGAUGGGAUAGAUUCAUUAGGCUUUAGCACGAUGCUGGACGGGUUCGUGCCGGAAGGAAUCCACAUCGACCAGGUAUUUCCAUUUGAGGGAUACAACGUGGAAGAACUCUGGAACUGGAUGGUGUACUUAGAUAGUCCUGAGGUUUGA